AUGUGCUCUACGUGCUACUCGCGCAGCCGUGCACCGAUAGUCACACCGCAAGAACUCGCACGGAGACGAACGCCAACUUUAACCACGAUGUCGUUCAACUUUUCCAACUUCACCAAAGACUUAAAGUCGCUCGGCGACAAGUUGGGCAAUGAGUUCAACAGCGAGAUUCUUCCAUUUGCUCAGAGAACCUCCAGAAUUGUUCAGGAGAAAAUGGGGAAAAUCAACGUGGAUGAAAUCAGUCAAUUACCUAGUGAAUAUCUCGAAUUAGCUGAGAGAUGCAACAAUAUCGAAAAGUUGUAUAAGAACGUGUUGAAGGUUACUUCUAACUACGAAAACGAGAGCUACGAUUAUCCCACAAAUUUACAAGAAUCCUUCACCGACUUUGGAAAGAACAUCUCCAGUAGAGUAUCCAAUUUAUCCAAAGCCACAACCCCCGCUGAGGCCCAAGCGGCGCUUAUUAACCCAACCACUGGCGAGUUCAAGCCUCCAAAGACGUUGUACCACGCAUUGGCCCGUGCGACCGACGCAUCGGUUUUGACCAACAAAUCACCAGAAAACCAGGACGAUCAUUUGGUGAAGGCAUUGGACUUGUAUUCGGGCGGAAUCAACAAGAUUGCCAACGCCAGAUUGGGACAGGACCAAUUGAUCACGUCCAAAUUCAACAAACCUCUUCUGUCGACGUUGCGCCAACUCAUAAGCCAGAGUAACAAUAUCCAGAAGAAGGUGGAACAGAAGCGAAUUGACUACGAUAUGGCUCGUGCCAACUUGUCCAGUAGCACCAAUGCCACCAAGGAGCCACAAUUGAGAGUAAUAAUGGAGAACGCCGAGGAUGAAUUUGCCAACACCGUUGAAGACGCUAUCAACAUCAUGCAGAAUGUGUUGGAGAAUGCUAAACCAUUGGAGGAGUUUCAUGAGCUUAUCAAGGCGCAAUUGGCGUACCACAAGGUGGCUGCCGAGUUGUUGGGUGCGAUGGUGAGUGACUUUGACAAGUUGGUUGAAGAGAACCAGAAGAAGUCGGAUGCCAACAGAAGUAGUCGUGAAUCCGGAGAAUUUGAUAUUUGA